AGUUACCUCCCAGUGUAAUUGUCAGAAAGCGAACUCGAGUUUGCCCGUUGCACUCUCUACCUACCCAACGCCCCCUGAAAUGAGUUGAUGACAGGAAUCCAUUCGCAGAAAAAGGAUGAGUCCCCCAGAGCUCCCUCAGACUUGGCCGAACAAUCUCUGAGGAGGAAUCCAUUCGCUUAUGGGGCGAUGAGAGCCAUCAAGCCUCGUCUUAACGACAUUAGGGUUGGGACAAAAAAGGUAGAAUUGCUUCAAAUUACUCAGGAACAAGGCAGUAUGGAGCAAAAUCUGCCGCCUACGAAGCUGGAAUACUAUGACAACAUGUCUAAGCUUCAAUCUACUUCUACCGUUCUUUCUUCCUUUCGAGGUGAAGAUGGUAGAGAUGCGGUGAUUCUUGACUCCACAAUUUUUCACCCGCAAGGUGGAGGCCAACCAGCAGACACUGGUUUCAUCUGCACUUCGAACCUCAAAUUUUUGGUCCAAGAUGUUAGAUCCAGGGAUCGGAUUGUUUUUCACUAUGGGGUUUUUGACAAUUCUGGAGAUAUGGAGUUGAAUUGUAUGCUUGAAAAAGGUGUUGAAGUUUCACUAUCUGUGGAUGAGCCAAGGCGGAUGCUCAACACCAGGUAUAAAGCUCUAUCUAGUAAAUCAUUUUUCAUACUCCGUAUCAUUUUUGGAUGGAAUGUUGUAACUUGUGAGUAGUGUAUCCGACUCAAGCGUAUGGCCGGGGUGCUAGAUGUAUGCAGACUUUCUCUCCCAUGAGGUAAAGGGGCUGUUUGAGAGAGAACUUUCAGCAAAAUAAUAUUUUAGCUUACUGGUAUGUGUGUUUUCAAGAGCACUUCAAUGACAUGAUGAUUUGAAUUAGGCCCAGUUUGAGUGUUUCUCUAUGUAAUGUUUUACCCUCUCCGUCUCAAAAAGAAGUUUAUGGUUUGUGUAUACGGAAUUUAAGUACAGUCUUGAAAAGUGAAAAAGAGUGUGGUUGAAGUUUAUUUAGAAGAGAGAAAUAAUGGGAGCCAUAUAUU